AUGAGUACGGGACCCAGCCGAAAAUUGUUAGAGAAAAAUAAAAAGUGGCUGAAGAAGGCCAAAGAGCUCGGGCUUAGCCAACAGGAGUUUGACGACAUCAACAAGGCCUUCUGUCUGUUUGACAAGGACGGUAACGGCAAGAUCAGCCACUUCGAGCUCCGUGAGGUUGUCAAGGCCAUCGGUCGACCCAUGUCUGAAGCAGAUGUUGAAGAUAUGAUGGCAAAUGCAGACAAAGAUGGGAGCGGCUCCGUGGAAUUCAGCGAGUUCCUGUCGUUGAUCUGCCGCGAGUACUACGCCAAACACAACGUGGACAAGCAAGUCCGCGAGACAUUCAGGUCGUUCGAUCAUAACGGCGACGGGGUGAUCACUGCGCGAGAGUUUCGGCUGGCUCUGUGCAAGAUGGGACAGAGCGUCUCUGACGCCCAGGUGGCCGAGUUCAUGCGCUCUGUGGACAAAGAUGGAGACGGUGUCAUUACUUACGAAGAAUUUGUGAAGUAUGUAGAAUCCAACAUGUGA